CAUACUUUAUUGUCUCGCCAAGAUUCUCAGAGCUAAAUGUUUUAACUAAAUUUAGUGUUUAGUAUGUGUGAUUGCGUUGUGGUUCAUCGAUGUGUAUUCAAUACUCAAAUAAAUAUGAGUGAAAGACCGACUUUGAAACGACAGAAGAGAUUUUCGGAAGUCGAAGAAAUGCCCGUCAAAGAUGGUGAGAAAAAGUCGCUGGUGGGAGUCAUAGAUGAUGGAAGCAGGACUCUUAGAUUUGUGUUAUACGAGGCUGAGAGAUCAGAGGAACUGGCGUCACAUCAAUUGGACAAAAUAGAGGUACAGCCCCAAGAGGGCUGGUACGAACAGAAUCCUUGCGAAAUAUUGGAACACAUAAAAGUAUGUGCUGGAAACGCAAUCGCUCAGUUAACUGAUUUAGGUUACUCGAAAGAAGAUAUAGUAACGUUGGGCAUAACAAAUCAAAGAGAGACCACAAUAGCGUGGGAUAAGUUCACUGGCGAACCACUUCAUCCGGCUAUAUCAUGGAACGACAUACGCACGGAUACAACAGUGGACGCAAUACUAGCCAAAGUACCGGAUAGGAAUAAGAAUUAUCUUAAGAAUAUAUCCGGUCUACCCAUCAGUCCGUACUUCAGCGCGCUGAAGAUGAGGUGGCUUAAAGAUAACGUGAAGACAGUGAGACGAGCUAGUAGAGACAAAAGAUUGUUGUUCGGUACCGUUGAUAGUUGGAUUGUGUGGAAUUUAACCGGCGGACCAAAAGGGGGUAUACAUAUAACUGACGUCACGAACGCUUCAAGAACGUUGCUCAUGAAUCUGGAAACCUUGAAUUGGGAUCCAAUAUUAUGUAGGUUAUUCGGUAUACACAGAGAUUCGUUGCCACAAAUUCGUAGCAGCGCUGAAGUGUAUGGCGUCGUGCAGGACGGAUCUGUAUUGGAUGGUAUACAAAUAUCUGGGAUCUUGGGCAACCAACAAGCAGCUUUGGUCGGGCAGAGCUGUCUACUGGCUGGUCAAGCGAAAAAUACUUAUAGAGGGGGAUGUUUCCUUUUAUACAACACCGGUCCGAGGAGAGUUAAUUCCUCGCAUGGAUUGCUAACGACUGUGGCCUACAAGUUGGGACCAAACGCACCAGCUAUAUACGCACUAGAAGGGUCCAUAGCGGUCGCGGGGGGUGCUAUGAAAUUCCUCCGGGACAAUCUCAAGUUAAUCAAAGAUGUAGCCCAGGACACAGAACAUAUAGCUGGCCAAGUAUUCUCUACUGGGGACGUUUAUUUCGUACCAGCCUUCAAUGGAUUGUAUGCGCCAUAUUGGAGAAAGGACGCCAGAGGUAUUAUCUGUGGUUUGACAGCGUUCACGACUAAGAAUCAUAUAAUAAGAGCUGCUUUGGAGGCUGUCUGUUUUCAGACGAGAGAUAUAUUGGAGGCUAUGAAUAAAGACUGUGGCAUGCCGCUCUCCAAGUUACAUGUGGAUGGGAAAAUGACUUCUAACGACUUAUUGAUGCAACUACAAGCGGAUCUCAUCGGUAUACCCGUUUUGCGUUCCCAUACUUGGGACAUGUCAGCGCUGGGCGUAGCGGUGGCUGCGGGCUCCGCGGCCGGCGUUUGGAGCGCCGAGCGGUGGAGGGGGCAGGCGACCCCGGCCGACACAUUCCUCCCUACCACCACUGAUGACGUGAUUUCUUCGAAUGAUAACGGUGGCAUUACGGGUCUACUCCCACUGUUUGAAGACGAUCGAGAUGCCAGAUACACGAAAUGGAAAAUGGCAGUCCAACGAUCACUCGGCUGGGCGACAACUAAGAAAUCAUUCGCGAUGACAGAGGAGAGAUACAAGCUAUUGGCUUCGAUCCCGGCUACUCUAUAUCUAAUCGGCAGUUUUACAAUGCUUGUUGUGUCAAACGUGCUUAAAAACAGAUGAUUAUUUGAUCUUUAUUACAUAAGCGAUAAGUGUCAAUUUGCCAUAAAACAGAUUGUAUUGUAUCGGUUACAGUUUAAGGCUGAUGUCAAAGAAAUUCCAUAACAACAAUUGAUAUUUCUAUAAAGACUUUGCUAAGUAAUUUAUUUUAUAUUCAAAAUGACAUUAUUAUUAUUAUUAUGAUAGUAUUUUUUUUAAUUUCAUAUAUUUUCUACUCCUAAGAUAUAAACGAACGAACUUUGUAAAUACCCAUUUUUUUGUUCAAUCAAUGAUUUUAUUAAAGUAUAUCAAUAUAGAAUAAAUAAAUCAAAAAUGAAAAUAUUCAAUAUUGUUAACUUAUUUAUAGGAUUAUUUUUAAGUAGGAAUAGAAUUUUUUUUUUAAUGGAUUUAUAUUCUAAGAUCUUUUUUUUACAUAUAUAUUGCUAUGUUUCUUUAUAUGUUUGUUUUUAAUCAUUUAGUCUGUCCAGAAACUAAUGACUUGCCAAUACAAAAUGCAUUUAAUUUUAUAAACAGCUCAUUUUUCUUAUUUCAAGUGCAAUAUUAGUGGAUAUGUGAAUGCCUGUAUCAUUGGAGACUAAAAUUACGUCUCGUUAAUGCUUUAAAAGGGAAUUGUUGAUUAAUGUUUACAGUGUAAUACAUUAACUGUAAUAUUUUGUUAAUCUAGUCAUAUGAUAGAAAAAUGUUUAAAUUUUCGAUAUUAAAUAGUUUUGCUCUAAUAACGUUUAAAUUUAUAUUAUCAAACUAAUAUUAAUGUUUCUGUCAUUCUGUAAUAUUUCCUUAAAAAGCAUGCAAGUAUCUGGUUUUUAUUAAUUCCCACUUAUUAUUCAAAUUUAAAUAUUUUUAAUAAGACAAAAAUGUUAAAAUAUUACUUUAAUGUGUAAGCGGUACUCGUAUAUUUAGAGUUAAAUUCAAUUAAAAUAAGAACUUUUUCGUAGUCAUUCCUAUGACAUUUGACGUUCUAUUUGUAAAAGUUUGACAUUUGAUUAGAGUGGUGUUAGCUUUUUUUUUUGCAUUUCGGGUUCGGGGUAAAGUUUUUUUUAACUGUAAAAUUCUUAGAUGUGUAUGAGUAAAAAUUGUAUGGUUUCAGAUCGGGUGCUAUUUAACAAGGGUCUUAAUAAAAUAUUCGUAUUUCCAUGUU